ACCUUUCACAUCCACUCAGGCACUCCAAGCUUCAUAUUAGGCACAAGAAACCCAGCAACAUAGUAGUACACGCACAGAUACUUGAAUCUUCAGUGGAUUCCCGUGAAGAUCCGGAUACCUGGAGCCGCGUCACAGCACCUGCCAGCUGGAUGGCUGGGAACACAGGCAAAAUUCGGUAUGGAGUUCAGGAACGGCAGACGGCGGAAAAGCCAGGCGUCCGCGAAUCAUGGAAGACGGCGUCAAAACAAGCAGGCGCGGGGGGUGCGUCAGCAGGGUUUCCAGCCGGCGCGUACAAUCCUAUAUCGGGGACCUUUCAUAAUCUGGCUGGGGGGAACCCAGAUGGGUCAGGGAAUUCGCAGAACGGGAGGUAUCGAUCUUUUGAGGAAGGGGACGAUGCGGGAGGAGGAGGAAAUCAAGAGAGUGAUGUUCUGUCGAACAGCGGAAGCUGUUCAGGGGAGUCGGAAGACCAGACAGGGCUGAAUAGGCCUGGUGCGACGUCGCGGGAUGGACAGCAGCAAGCCUUGGCGGCGGUCCCUGACAAGAAGGACAAGAUAAGGGCUAAGAACGAGAAGAAGCACCUUAGACAGAAGGAGAAGAAGGCUCAGGAGUUGAGGGACAAGUGCACUGGCUUCCUCACCGCGCGGAAGCUCGAGAGCUUGGCGGAGCAGCUGGUAGCGAUGGGCUUCCCCAAGGACAAGUGCACGAUCGCGCUCAUCUGCAACGACGGCAACCUGGAGAGGUCCGUGACGUGGCUGCUGGAGGGGCAGGAGAGCAAUGGGCGAGACGCGAACUCCGUGGGGAACUUGAAGCUAGAUGUGACGGAGGAGCUGGCGCGCAUGGCGCAGAUGGAGCGCGUGGAUGGGUACAACAGGACGGACAUCGAACGCGCUGUCGUGGCCUUCGAAGGGGAUCUGGACAAGGCUGCUGUGUUCCUUCGGGAGAAGCACCGGGAGACGUUGGCUCAGCAGCAGCAACAGCAGCAGCAGCAGCUGCUGCUGCAGCAACAACAGCUGCAGCAGCAGCAGCAACAACAGCAGCAGCAACAGCAGCAGCAACAGCAACAGCAACAGCAGCAGCAGCAGCAGCGUAGGGAGAUGGGUACCGUGAUAUCUGGGUCGGUGGGUGUUGGUGUGUCCGCCGGAGGCCCCACGAAGUUUCUAGGCAGGGGCGUUCCCCCCACCGGUGGGUUGGUCGGGUCCGUAGGUCCUGGUUACGGCUACGGUCACGGGCACGGACAGGCUUCUGCGCACCCCGGCGCUCAAAUCGGGCAGCCCCCGCUGAUGGCAUCGGGUAUGUACCCUGGACCGCCGGGUAGUGGGCUGAUGGGAAAUGCUCAAGAUAGGGAGGACGAUAGGCGUUAUUUGAACGGGCAGCAUCCGGGCGGUGCCUCGCACCAUCUCCCUCAGCAGCAGCAGCAGCAGCAGCAGCAGCAGCAGCAGCAGCAGCAGCAGCGCAUGCUUCCUGUCAUGGGAUCGUCCGCCCACCGGCCAUUACAACAGGUAUCUGUGGAUCCGGGGAAGAUGGCGGGAAAUGCUGGGCCUUACGCAGUCAGAGCUUCUGCGGGAAUGGGUGUGGGUGGCCACCCGCAGGGCGCGUUCGCCAAGCACCAUGUGCAGCCGCCGCACCUGGUGCAAUCGGCUCAACUGCAGCAGCAGCAGCAGCAGGCGCACCCGGCACAGCAGAUUCUCGGUGCGCAGCAGCUUUACGGGCAGCAUCCGCAGCAUCACCAGCAGCAGCAGCAGCAGCAGCAGGCGUUGCUCAUGCAGAAUCAGGCUCAGCAGAAGCAGAUGCUUUCACAGACGCAGCCGCAAGGCCCUUCCCAACCGCACGCGCAGUACUCACAGCAGCGACAGCCGCAAGUGCAGCCGCAGCUGCAGCAGCAUCCGCCGCCACAGCACUUUCAAGCGCAGCCGCCAGGGGAGCAGGCGCCGUUGCUGCAUUUGCAGCAGAAGCAGCAGCCGGCCCCGGCGAAGCAGCAGCAGCAGCACGCUUUCUCGCAGCAGCAGCACCCUCGUCAGCCGCAGCCUUCGCCGCAGCAGCAGGCACAAGCAUUGCAGGAAGCCAAGAAGCAACGCGAGCAGAAGCAGCCUAAUGCCCAUGAGUCCGCGCAAGAGCAGGGCUUCCAUAAGCAGGAUAAGAAGCAGUCGCCCGCCUCCACGCAGGGGCGGCAGCAGCAUGUAUCCCAGCAGCAGGCAUCGCAGGAUGAUGGCGCAAGCCGUGGUAACGUUUCCGAGAAGCAGAAGCAGCAGAGCAGCGAGAAAGAGCCGCAGGGGACAGCUGCUGAGAGCGUUGGUCAGGCGCCUGGAGCAGCUCCGGCGGGGCAGGUUAGGCGCUCACCUGACGCCCGCACGCAGCAAGCUACCGCGGAGUUAGCUGCAGUGUCGUCGCAGCUCAGUGGAAUGGGCGUGAGCAGCUACCAGGUUGGAACUAACCAGGUGAUGUCUAUGCAGGAUCCUUCUGCUAUUGCUAAGGGCGCCCUGUCUGGCACGGCAGGAGUGAGCCCCCCACCAGGUGCCUUCAUGGCAGCGCAGGCUGCCCUUCAGCAGCAGCAGCAGCAGCAGCAGCAGCAGCAGCGACAGCCGGUGCCGCCAAUGCAACAUCAGCAGCAGCAGCAGCAGCAGCAGCAGUUGAGGCCGCUGGUGAGUAGUUCGCAGCAUCUGAAUCCCGGUUAUGGAGUUGCGAACAGUUCGAACGCGCUGCUGCCAACGGCGGGGGUCCCUAUAGCCUUCGGCCUGCUGAGUGGUUUGGGCGUUGGAGGGGCGCCUGUGCGGCACUCUGCAGCCCCAAUGAUGCACGUCCCUUCCAUGCCCUGGACCGCUGCUGCUGCCAUUCCACGUGGUCCGCCUGUCAUGCCGGGUGGACCGGCGACGCUGACAGACGGAACCUGGAAGGGGUCUAUGGAAGUAGGUGCGGGUCUGCCUGGUGCUCAUUCCGCUCCCAGCCUCUUCCCGGCUUCAAGCACCUUGCCUGGAGGUGACCUGUUAGCGGCUCCGCAUCAGGAUCAGGGUCAGCAGCAGGGAUCGCAGCAGGCACAGUUGGCGCAGCAGCAGCAGCAGCAGCAGCAGCAGCAGCAGCAGCAGGCACAGCACGCAUGGCAGGUCAGGGGGAUGUCCGGGGCAGCAGGAGGGGUAGGCGGGAACCUGUCCGCUGGGUGGAGCCCGUUCGGCGGAGGUUCAGAUGGGGCCGACUUGCCUAGCAAGUCAGGUCUGGACCCUGCCUCGGGUCUCCCUGUGGGGAUAAGUGCAGGGGCUGUGCCUUUCACUCCUGGUCAGCCGUAUGUGCAACAGAGGGCUGGGGCUGCUGGUGUUGCGAUCGGGUCUCGUCAGAUGGGGGGCGUAGGCAGUGCUCCUUUGGAUGCCACUGCUGCUGGGGUCGCGUCGGGUGCCUCGUCUGAGGUGCUUCCGACGUGGGGCGCGUCCACCACCCUUGCGUCCGUUGACUGGAGCCUUUCUGGUGCGCCUUUGGGUUCCCUCUCGUCCCUCUCGCCAGUGCCCGAUGGCCCUGCUGGAUCGGCUGCAGGCGCUCUGGGUGGAGCAGGAUUCGGUGUGACGGGGACUGGCGGCAGCAGUGCGUUUGGGAGGCCUGGAGCCGGCUCUGCAGGCGGUAUGCUGUCGGCUGGAGGAGUGUCGACUGGCACAGGUACGGCGGCUAUGGUCAGUAGCAUUCGGUCUGUAGAUUGGAGUGUGUCGGGGUCCCUUCCAAACUCUGGCGCAGGCCUGGGAGGGGGUAUGGGCAUCUGGGGUGGUGGGACGUCUGGCUUUGCAGACCACACAGCGUCCAGUGGGGCACUUAGUGGUCUUGGUGGUGGGGGCAGAGCAGGGGGCAUGCCCACGACUGCUGAGCCUGUGAGGGCGUAUGAUCUUUGGGGCCGGUCUGCUAUUGCCGUGCCAAGCCAUGUGGGCACUCCCUGGCAGCAGCAGCAGGGCAUCCCUGUUCCAUGGCAGUCAGACUCUCAAAAGGAGGAGGUGGGGGUAGGGGAGGGAGGAUCGAUGAAGGAGCACUCUGGAGGGGGGGCUGAGUCAAGGGCGGGCCAGCAGACUACUGGGGGUGUGGAUAAGAAAGCUGGUGAGGCAGUGGAGGGGCAGGAGGGAGAGAGUGAGGGGCAGAAGGCAGACGUUGUGCAGGGGGAGCGAGAGGGUCAGGAAGUGCAACUUGGACUGGAGGGGCCGCACAAGGGUGCAGAGCAAGGAAGUGGGCAGGGUCAUGAGGAGGGUGAGGCAGGCAAGGGUGGUCAACACAAGGCGGGGUCAGCAGUGGAGACCCAAGGGGAGCAGCAGCAGCAGUGUGAUGUGGCAACAGCGGGAUGGCAGCAAAACGCUGGGUCCAAUGUUUCUCAGAUGGGUGGAGAUUCAGGGAGCAAUGUACAGGAGUGGACGUCCCCGUUUGCGGGCAAGGACUUCACCUCUCUUCUGCAUUCUGCUGUUCCUCCCCAGUUUUAGGCUCCAUUCCUUAAGCCACAUCUUUGCUGCUCAAAUCCUUAUUCUGCUGUUGCUUGGUAAUGUCGUGGAUGUGGAUGUCAGACCUUGAAUGCCGUGGAUGUGGUCGGAUAUUUGAAGAUGCUUUCUUCGUUUCCGUUUGUGCAAUAUUUCGUU